CUCAGCUGCGGCAUUUACUGUCAAGUGUGCGUCUCAUUAAAUAAUUUUUGCAUUUGGAGUAUAUUUUUGCAACAUAAAUUUGGCCAAGUCCAACCAAAAAAUUCAACAACCACACAUACAUACGUAUACGUAAAUUAUAAAAGCAGUCCAGAAAAACACAAAAUUUCCCUUAGUCCACAAUGACCACACCGUUAUCCCCCUGGACCACCCAUUCCCAACUGGUAUUUAUCCCCCCACAAAUUAACAAAGGUGGUUUCGGCACCGUAUACAAAGCCAGAGACGCCGUGGACAAAUGUCACUACGCCAUCAAACAAAUCUGCAUCGCAAAAGCGCUCCCUCACUUAAAUUACGAUGUCAACCUGCUCCUCCAAGAGGUCGAACUUUUGCAGCACAUCAACCAUCCCAACAUCGUCCGAUACCACACUAGCUGGUUGGAAGGGCCUGAUUCGCAAAAUAUUUUAAAUGACGCGCUCCGCUUUCCCAGCAGCCCGUCCUCCACGGCGAGCAUCGUUUCUCCAAAUAAUUUCCUCUUCGUCCAAAUGGAACUUUGUGACACGACGUUGAAAGCGGUCAUCGAGCGGGACGAAUUCGACUUAGCGGCAGAAAUACCGGAAAUGAUUCUCCAGCUUUGCAAAGCCCUCGUGGCAAUUCACGACAUGAAUAUCGUCCACCGUGAUUUGAAACCGGACAAUAUUUUCUUGGCGAAAAACUUGUGGAAAAUUGGAGAUUUUGGAUUGUCUAGAAGAAUUGCGGAUCAGGAAAAUUCAUCAGAUUUGCUACCAGUCGCGGGAUGUGUACCGUAUCGAUGUCCGGAUGUGGGGUGUAGCAAAAAAUCGGACGUUUACACGCUCGCAUUGGUACUGGCAGAAGUGCUGUAUGCGACCGUGAAAGGGGAGAAAGUUGCGUUUAAUACGAAGAAAGUGAUGGAAAUUGUGAAAUGCCUGGAUGAUAAGUUUUCAGAAGAGUGUGGAAUUAUUUUGGAAAUGUUGAAUCAUGAGAGAGAAUUCAGAAUUAAUUCUGACUUGGUUUAUGCAAAGUUCAAAGAAUUGUAUGGAAAAGUUCCGGUGCAAGUAGAAUGUGUGGACACUGGGGUUGAAAUCGAAGUCAAAUUUUCGGAUUUUAUUGUUUUGAGCCAAGGAGGGGAAGCUAUUAGCAAACUUAUUUUUGAAAAACAUCACCCCGUCGUGGAAAAGUGGGAUAGAGUCUUAUCCAUCAUGAAGCUAAAAGAAAGCAAGAAAAUAGCAAAUCUUAUCGAUUUAAAGUAUGACAAACAAAUCAUUGUCUCGGAAACUAUGAAGGUUUGGAUCACGGAAACUGGAGCAAAUGCGACAUUCGCAAGACUCGUGUGCAUUUUUAAACAAUGCAAAUUUUUGGCACUGGCAGACCAUCUCGCCACUCAAGUGGGACACAUUCGCAGAAGAAACAAAUCCAAUCCUGUCCAUGACGGAAUCUGGUUUGAAGUCCGAAAACCCGUCUCUAACUUUACCGGAAGAAUCCAGAAAUUAGAAACUAUCCAUUCCCUCAUUCUUGACACUUUUUUCAACCCAGAUUGCCAACAAUACAUCAUAAUCGCUGGGUUGGGCGGUGUCGGAAAAAGUGACCUUGUUCGUAAAUACGCUCAAGACAAUUACUCCUUCUUCGACGGAAAUGUAAUUUGGAUAACGGCCGAAAACAGCCUCUCAAUGAGCACAAGUUUCAAGAAACUGGCCACAAAGCUCAACCCAAAUUUCCAAAGUACCGAUUCAAAACCCAUCUCCGAAUAUGUCGAUUUCGUCUACAAUUAUUUCAAAGAUUGCGCCGUUCUAUUCAUCUUUGACAACGCAAACUCCCUCCGCGACGAUGACGACGGCAUUUUUGCCUUUCUCCCAAACAACCUCCCCCCGGACGCCAUCUUCCCAAAUAUUAUACUCACGACGAGAAAUCGCGACAUAAUUUCCUCCAUGGAUAACUCCGUAAAAUUGCUGAACCUUGACGUUUUAGAAGACCGCGAAACGCACGAUUUUAUCACAAAUUCCCUCACGACAAACCCAGAAAGUCACGAUGUCUCCAAACUUGGCCAAACUUUAGAAAAUCUACCCCUCGCUUUACAACAAGCCGUCGCAUACAUUCGAGAAGAACACAAAAUCCGGCAAAAACUUGGCACCACAUUUUCCAUCUCCGAAUACAUUACCCUCUUUCAAAACAUGUCUCAGCAACUUCUCGACUUCCCCCUGCCGCUAAAUUCAACUUCAAACUCGUACGAAAAAACGACAUUUAUCACGUGGAAAAUCACUUUUGAAAAGAUCGGCCAACAUGAAAUUUACGGCGAAUUGGCCAUCUACAUCAUGUCAUUGCUUGCUUACCUUUCCCCCGAUUCGAUCUGGGGCAGCAUGAUUUUCGAAAUUUCUAAACCCUACGCAGAAAUCUGCCAAGAAGCGGGCGUUUCAAAGAAAAAAUUGCCAUACGCGGAUACCGAAGAAGACAAAACUUUGCUGUUACACAACGUUGUUGGACACACGUUGUACCUGAUUGAACAAUACUCAAUGUGUCGGUUCAAUCAAGAAUAUGAAAUUUACAUCCAUCGACUCGUCCAACACGUCAUGCGACUCCAUAUUCGCAAAGAUGGCGGCGAGUUUCACAUUUUGGACGAACUUUUGCAAUAUUUCAAGCAAAAGUAUAAAAAACAUAUAGCCAUAGUGGAAACAAAUCACGCUGUUUCGUGCUGGGAACAUGGCUUAAAUUCCCAAAAUUUAGACGAGCUUCUCAACAAACAUUCCCAUUUGGUCCACUCAAUUUCCAUGGAUUUAUCAAUGUGCCUCCUGGAUAUCAAAUCGGCGAUUGAAUUUCAAGAAAACUCAAUUCCUAAAUUGCAACAAGUCCUUGGCCCUGUGCAUGAUGACGUGUAUAAUUUAAAAACGUCGUACGCCGCGGAUUUAGAAGUUGCGGGAAAUUUUAAAGCCGCUCUCACCUUAAGAUUGGAAAUCUGUAACGAUUUCUCCGCCAUCUUUCCGGCAUCAGAUUGGAAACGAAUUUUACCACAACUUGACUUAGCAAGAACAUACACAGUACUCGGAAAAUUGGACGAAUCGCACAAUAUUCUUACAGAAUUGUCAGAAAUAACUAAAUCUUCCCAAUCUGACACAUCCGACUAUUGCAACAUUCACACAAUAACACAACUGCAGUUUUCAGUCGGCGACAAUUUAGAGAAAAAACUGCAAUUCGACGCAGCAAUCGCAGUGUAUCAAAAUUUGCUCGAGUUACUCCAAAAAAGUACAACAGAAGACGUCGACCUCUUGAUGCUAAACACAAAAUCAAAACUUGCCAAAGUCCUCCGCUCCAAAAAAAAGUAUCCCGAAGCAGUCACUCUUUGUGACGAAGUUACUAUCAAAUGUACCGAAAAAUACGGUCCUUUUAACCCCAUCGGAACAGGCGCUAAACGCAUGAUGGCGUACAUUUACCAAGACCAAGGUGAUUUUUUUAAAGCAUCCGCCAUUUUUCGAGACGUACUUUUAAUCGAGCGGCGAAAAAACGAGACAACCCUCCCCGCAAAACCGGACAAUAUAGCAACUAUACGAUCCGGCGAAUAUAUAACGUGGAAUAAUUUGGCGUGGGCGGAAAUGAAGUUGGGCAAUUGCAAGGGCGGCUUAGAAAUUUGUGACGAAUUAUUAAAAGCUUUGGACACCUCGUUUGGGGAAGACAGUCCCACCGCUUUGCUGACACAACACACCAAAGCGCAUGCGUCACAAGAGGGCGGCGAGUUUGAACAGGCGCUGUCGCUUCAUCGUAAAAUAUUUGCGAAAAGAGUGGAGAUGUUUGGAAAGCGUGAUUAUUGCACGGCGUCCUCUUCGUUCGGAAUUGCUAUGGCGCUAAGAUCGCUGGGCAAACCGAGAGAAGCGAUGGAGCUGUUGAAAGGCGUCCUCAAAAUUCAGCAAGAUCAACUGGGACCAUUGCACUUAUCAACGUUGGAAACCCAAACCAACAUUGCGUGUACACUGCCAAGCUGUGAAGUUAAUAAGAAUGUGGUGGUUGCAAAAUUGACAGAAAUUUGCGAAUUUUUACAAACUGCUGGUGCACUGCGGAACAAUCAUCCCUUAGUUUUGCAAGCAAAGCAUGGUUUGGCGGAAUCGCUAAGAGAGUCGGGUAGGGUGGAGGAAUCGCUAAAAAUUUAUGAAGAAAUUUGUACCCUGUCUAAACAAUUGAUGGGGGCAGAUCAUCCUAUCGUUUGGACAAGAGUGCAUAACAGAAAUGCUAUUCGUGCUCAAAUUACAGGAGAAAAUGAUGCAGUUGAUGAUUUAACUGUGGGAAAUUUAUCAAUUUGUGAACCAGUCGGAAAUUUGAAUACUGUUGCAAAUCAUCAACAUUAUAAUUAGAACUUGUUAUUAAUACCCUUGUGACUAUUUAAAUAUUAUAAUAAAUUAUUAUUAAACAUGAAUAAAUUGAUGCUAAAUGUAUGAUGAAAUUGGUAUGGGCGAAAGCACAAUUGCAACAAUUCAAAAUGCAACUCAUGUUAGAAAAAGUUUACGAAAACUACGAGUGUGUAGUUAAUUAGGCAACUUUUAACAGAUCAAUUUAUCUCAAGUCCGCAAUAGUUUUAAAGUUUCGAUCGUGUAUAUAUAUAAAUACGUAAAUAUGCAGAUUAAUAUACGGAUUACUCGUCUAGAAAUUUAUGUAUAUGUGUGCCUAACCUGAUUUUCCUCGGGUGAAAAAUUGUGGUUAAAUUUACCAUUUCAAAUUAAAUUUACUAAAUUUAUUUGUUGUGUCAAGGACGUUCUCAGGAUUUGUUAACUAAGUUAAUUAAUAAGUACAAAUCAUAAUUAUAUCUUUAAGGUAUACGUAAUUGAGAAACCUUUUUCUAAUUUUGAAGCCACACAUAUCUUUAUAUGAAAUAUUCAAUGUAAUUUAUAAAGUGUCAAGAAAAUCCCAAAAAUUGUUUUUAUCUAUUUUUCAAAAUU